GCAUUUUUUCGAAAACUAUUGCAAUCGUUGACUGAGUCAUCUGGGCUAGCACGACAAAAGCUUUUUGCCGGAUCUACGAACUCAUUUUUGCGUAGAGAUGUAUCUAUCAGGAGAGUUGUGAGGUACAUACUAGCAGCUCCCCAGACACUUCUCCUUGCAGAGGACACUACGCCACAUAAAAUCUACUCGACGUCGACUCAGACCAGGGGACGUCUCUUGCGAAGCGGGGGAGUGGAAUCGACAAGAAAAGACAGCAACAAGAACGACAAAAACCAGUCGUGCAGUGAAACAAAAUGAAGGCCCACGAAGAGAUCGACAUGGCGGAGCAGGAGGAGAAGCAGAGUUUGCUUCGCACCCCAGGAGGCGCCAGCACGAACGCCGACGGGGUGAGCCAGUCGAACCAGUCUAGCGUGUUGCUCAUUGACGAACACUAUCAAAUGCAAAAAUGUCUGGGUCUGGAAGAGUGCAUGUUUGUCAUGCUUGUGUGGCAUGAUUCUCAAAUCUGUCAUGCACGUUACCCAAGAGCGCCAUUUUUCUGUCAUGCAGAAACGCAGUUUGUCAUGCAGAAUAGGCAACACCUAGAAGCUCAGAAACUUGUCAUGCUGAGCCAGCACUUGUGGCCUCCUCAUGAUAAGCCACGCAGCAUCACAAGUUUCCAGACCCAGACAUUUUUACAUUUGAUAAACCCCCCCACGAGGGCACUGCUAGUGGGAGCCCGGUCGACGUAGACAAGUAUUCCAUUGUCGGGACGGCCAGGCGGCGCACGUCGUCAGAGCUCAUUGCCUUCACCAUGUUCAAUUUCCCGUUCGGAGCGGUGCUGGGCUGCAGUGUCACGUUGCUCUCGCUGGAAUCCGAAAAGCUCGCGCCGGAGAAUAGCAGUGUAUAUAUCAUAAAGUCGGCUAUUGAAGAUUAUACUUACCCAUGCUACCCUGGCUAGUGAACCCAGUAUCUUGAAGAUCGUCUCAUUACCUCUAGUUUCUUUCCCAUUCGAUCCAAUGCCAGUUAAAUUUAUCGUAUGUACAUCAAAACAGUUGAUGCUCGGGCUUUUCUGCAUCAUGGCCGGUCUGGCGCAGUUGGUGUGCCUAUGAAAUGCAAAUAUGUCUGGGUCUGGAAGAACAAUGCAAGAUUUGUGAUGCAGGUUUUCCAUGACCCAUGAGGUCUGGAAUGCGAGACCCAGCAUGACAGAUUGUUUGAGGUCUCUAUCAUGCCUUUCCUGCACGAGAGACGCCCUCUCAACGUGGUCAAAAGCGGACAGCUUUUGGUACUGACGCAACACAGAUUUUUGCAUCAUUCAGAUUUAGCAUGACAAGUUCUAAUCUUCCAGACCCAGACAUUUUUCCAUUUGAUAGUGCCCCCCACUCGGCAAACUGUCGGAUCGGUGCCGCUCGGUGUACGGGAAGCGCCGCCCCUACAUGACGAUGUUCUAUCAACUGCGAAGAUAAUGUCUGGGUCUGGAACAAGCUUGCCAGACAGAGAUUUGUAAUGCUGAAUCCGAAUUAAAGUGCAGUCAUGUCAUGGAAUUGGAAAAAUGACACUGCCUGUGUUUGUCACGCAAAAACGGGAUAAUUUUGCGUGCGGGUUCUUGCUGGGGUAGUAGUGCACUACGCAACCGCUCAGAACAAGUUUCUCAUGCGUGGCUGCAUACUGUUACUGGAGCAGUUAGCUUGUCACCCAUAUGCAAGUGGCCUCACAACUUUCCGGACACAGACAUGUGAUUUGCACUGCAUUAUCAAGAGGAAAAAUCCCCCCUCCCCACACCGAAAAGGUAUGUUUCCGAAAAUUUGUGUUGCUGAUUUGAGGUCACAAAUCACAUUUGUCUUGCAAGAAGACAAAGGCAGAUGCUUCCGCCCCAUUAUGGAAGCGAUUUGUCAUGCUGUUGCGCCUAAAGGGGAGCCGUUUGCCAUGCUGAGCAACUAGACCCAUACGCCCCUACCUACCCUGGGGAUCUGGCCGCAGUGCCUCUCCAGCAAGACAAACCUGAUUUGUGUACACAAAUCCAGCAUCAGAAAUUCCGUUUUGAUAUGGGGAGGGGGGAUUUUUCCUUUCGAUAUGCAUAUGCUCACCUUUCCAACGAUCUUCGCGUUCUUCCUGAUGUGGCACUGCUCGCUGGAGAAGAAUCUGGUCGGGUAUGUCCUUUCGCUUCUUCUGAUGAUGAUCUGCAUCUCCGCGGCGCAGACCGCCUCCCUCGGCAUCAUUGCGGACCUGGUCUCUCCGGAGCAGCGCGGCGAGGCCAGCGGGUACAGUGGCGCCAGCUGGCUCUUCGGCGCACUCGCCGGGAACUUCUUAUCUUGCGUAAAAACGUACGUCCACACCCCCGAGUCAGGAUGGCGAUUUUGCUACAAGCUUUUGCUGUUGCGCAUGACCACGCGCAGUCUGUGAAGCAUGACAAAUCAUCAAAUAGCAUCAGAAAAUGCGGCUGCGCAUGAGAAGCAUUUUUUUGCAUGCCACUUUGCACUACAAGUCUGUCUGGAGUGGGGCCACGUUUUUACACAUGAUACUUCUGUCUGCAGUCCGUGGCCUACGUGGAUUUCCGGCUACUGUACGGGGUGAUGGCGGUAUCCCACGAAAAAACUGUUUCACUGUGAUGAUUUUGCAAGAUUUGCAUCACAAGUUUGUUAGAGCGGGGUAACAAACUCCAAAAGAGUAGUUGCAGGCCAACUUCUCAUCCACCCGGCCGGGUGGAUGAGAAGUUGGCCUGGAUGGCCUGUCCGCGUCGCCACUCCAUAUGGCUCCGCCCCGCCGUUCGUUCCCCCAGAUCCCGGAUCCCCCAGAGCGUUCGUCUAUCUGCAAACACAAAUCUUCACUCUCCACCCAGAAAACACUCCCACCACCCCAUGAGUUUACAUAUACAGUUUCUAUGAAAUGCAAUACAGAAGAUGCAACUUUCUCUAUAUAUAUAAUGCAGCUUCAAACUCAAAUCUCUAUAUUGAAAAUCUGCACGCGCACGUGCAAGAGUGCAGGGCUGGCGUUUUCUGGUGGUUGGUGGUUGCGAGUAUGUGCAGAAGAGAGGCGAGUAUGUGCAGAGGAGUGGCUGGUGGUUCCGAGCAGUCGAGUGCGGUUUGGUUGCGAGAUAAACCGUGGCACCGCGUGGCGAGAUAAACCGUGGCUACGACAUACGCGUGGCGAGCCCGUGGCUGGUCGGUUCGGAGCCCGUGGGUGGCUUACUUGGUUGCGACAUCAGCCCGUCGCUAGUCGUCUCGUUGGUCGGUUGCGACAUAAACCAGACUCGCAACCCGGAGGGCAAGUCGCAACCUACCGCUGUAGAAGAAGCGCCGCCUCUAUCUCUGAAGAAGCCGAUGGACAUCCAGCAGGCUAUUGGAGUAGACCGCCCGCUUCUGUCUCUGUCCAAAUACGGGGCCCCGAAAGAACAAGCAUGGGGGGACAGACGGCAGCACACUGCUGCUGUCGAGGGUGGUCGAGUCUCGGCUGGUACUUAGAGAUCCGCUAUCGCGCUCCGUGGUGGUUUAUUCAUUUCUGUCCUUUUUAUUCUCGUACUGCUUCCAGAAACAGGAGCGCGCUCUCCUUCUCCUGAGUGCCACAAGCAAAAGCCUUGCACUUAGGCUUCUCGAAUCACGACGGCACGGCGUGCCCUGGUUUAUGUCGCAACCGACCAACGAGGCGACGGGUAACCAAGUUUAUGUCGCAACCCACCAGGUAAGGUAGUCCAACCACGCCACAGUUUAUCUCGCCGCCAAGGAAACCCGGAUCUCGCAACCAAAAACCAAACCACCACCAAAAAAGCGCCAGCCUUCAAGGUGUGCUUGAAGCUCUUCCGUACUCACUCGAUACAUUCGCGACCACCAACCACCACACUGUAUACUCGCAACCACCAACCACCAGAAAACGCCAGCCCCACACUCUUGCGCGUGCAGUUAUAUACAGAGACUUGAAAUUGUAACUCUAGUUGCAUUAUAGCAGCUUGCGUCUUCUGUAUUGCAUUUAUAGAAACUGGCGUCUCUUCUGUGUUGCGUUUGAAAAUAGGAGCUAGUGCCUGUCGUGUUGUAUAUGCAAAUUUAUGGUGUGGUGGGAGUGUUUUCUGGGAGAAUGAGUUAAUGUUUGCAGAUACACGACCGUUCCGGGGGAUCCGGGAUCUGGGGCAACGACGGGACGGAGCCGGAUGGGCUGGCGACGCGGACAGGCCAACCAGGCCAACUUCUCAUCCACCCGGCCGGGUGGAUGAGAAGUUGGCCUGCAACUACUCUUUUGGAGUUUGUUACCCCGCUCUUACACAUGACAAAGAAAACUUGGCAUGCGUGCUUCCUAAGGGAAAACACAGCUAAAAAUCCAAUGUCUUGCAUGUGUAGCAAGACAAACACAUGUGCGUUCCGUUCUAUGCAUCACAAGUUUACAGUGAAACAGUUUUUUCUCGCGAUAGGCGGCUACUUUGUUUAUGUCCUGGCUGGUGAUGAUGGGCAUCGUCGCGGAGCGCGACACGAGCAAGGACCCCGAGGUGAAGAACCGGGGCGCGAAGCUUUGGGAAGAUAUGCAUUGCAAAUUUAUCUGGUUCUGGUAGAUUGCGGAAUUUGUCGUGCUAGUCUGGCAUGACUCUGAGCUCUGUAUUGCGUGGCCGCGUGGAUUCCUCGUGCCUGUCAUGCAAAAACGCACCGGCCUAUCAUGCGGGAUAGUACGCAACGCAGAAUGAACCACGGAAAAACUUGUCGUGGUUUUUGGCAGCGCAUGAUUGCUUCCAGCGUGCUCACUAUGUAUUCCUUUCCUUGCAUUUCACCAUCCCAGACCCAAAGAUUAUAUUUGCACCUGAUAAAGGAGUUCCUGGACUGUUUCACGCUGGAUACCAGCCAGGGCUACGACUUCGCGUUUGUGGUACUGGGCCGCACGUUCUACUACUGCAGCGUCUCUUCCCAGGCGUUCAUCUUUUUCUACAUUCGGGACUUCCUCACCGCGGACCGGCACCGUAUCACCUACAAUCUGGCCGGCGUAGCCAUCAUCAGCUACUGCAUCGCGGUCAUUGGCGCCUCGACCGGGGGGGCCCUGUCGGACCGCCCGGGGUACGGGCGGAAACGGAUGGUGUACCUGUCCUGCAUCGUUAUGUGCGUCAGCUGCGGGAUGCUGUUGCUGUUCCCCUACGUGGUCAACGGAAACUUUGCCCUGCCGAAAACGGUGGAAUUCCGCCAAUUUCCCAAAAUGGCGCUCGACCCGGAGGAGGAGCGAACGGAGUAAGUAGUUUUCGCUGCUUGUUCCUUGGACUGCAGUUGUUUUCGAGAUUUUGAUAUUGAUUCUGCCACUUCCUUGCACCUGCGCGUUUCUGCACAUUACAUGCCUAAAGAAGAUGCCCUGUAGUCCUUGUGAGUUCUUCCAGAACCUCGAAUAAAUGCAGGUUCCUCAUUCCGUCUGGGGACAGUGACGAUGACGGCCCUGCGGGCGUAAAAACCCUGAACUUUCAAACCCUUGCCCAUUUCGUUUCUGACAAGCUCCACUUCGAAAAGUUGAAACAAAGCGUCUUGAGUAUUACAUGGAAAAAUGUCCCCACCCCCAGAGUUGCAAUAAUUUGUGAUGCGAAGUUUCCAAAUGAAAACUUUUUGUCAUGCAUGAAAGGAAUAUGAAUCUUUGUGAUGCAGAGUCUAGGCGUAUAUAGCAUUGCUUGCAUGACAAGCGCCGCUCUUGCUGGGAUCUUUUGCAAUACAAAUUUUCGCUAUUCACGACUAGAAAUCUGUGAUGCUGCUAGAUGCAAGAGGGCGAGUGUUUCUCUUGGAAAGGUUUGCAAUACAAAUGCUCCCAAGUCCGGGGAUGGGGGCACUUUUCACUGCGAUAUUGAACUUCCUUCAUUCCAUCGAAGACCCGUCGCAGCGAGAACUGAGGGGCUGGUAAGAAAGUUAUUUAUUUUCAUCGCUGCGGCUAAUAAUGCUUAUUGUGCUUAUCUAUGGUAUCAGAUUUGCUUUACCAUAGUACUCCAGACCUCCGAUUCUGUCGUUUCUUGGCACGAUAAUUCUUUAUCAAAGAUUGUCUCUACUCCACGUCCACUUUCCAGGGGUUACAUUUUUGCGACCGCCAUGGUCUAUGCCUUGGGAAACGGGGCGUUUUCGGCUGUAGACUACGCACUGGCGUUGGAUACACUUCCUAACAAGAACGCGGCGACGCAGAACCUUGGAUUUUGGUCCAUCUCGCACUUCAUCGGGUUUGCGGUCGGCCCGGCGGUGUAUGGCGUGCUCCUUCGUGGCACCGCGCAAUUUUCCACCUCCGUUGAGGCCAACGACCCGGCAAAUUUCGCCUACACGGGCUACGCCCUGGUGUACUUCACCGCGAUGCUCUUCCAGUUGAUCUGCGCGCUCUUGGUUUUCAAGGUGAAAGGAAGCACCUGAUAAGCUGUACUACUGGGGAACAGUUGCAAGAUCACACGGAAGAUGCAGGUGGACCACCGGAACUGGCUUUGAAUACCAUCAAGACGUGCAAGUAGGUACCACGUCGCGGAGCUUUUUUUGGGCAUGGAGGUCGCUGUGGACUUCCAAAAGACGAGAACUAAUUGCAGAACUUCCGGAUGACCACGAUGAGGCAUCUUCGGCAGGGACCGACGUGUGGUACUAGUCCGUCAAGCCGUUUUUCGCACAUUCCGAGCCGGCGAUGCAGUACGACAUUGUGCGAUGGGAGCUGACUUCUACGCAGGACGUGGCUGUCGGGCCGCAGGAUAUUGACAAGGAAGAAGCAGUCUCGAGCACCCUGCUGCGCAACUGAUGAGAAAGCACAGAAAGCUGCACAAGGCAGCUUGCAACUUGCGUCAAGAAGAACAGCGGGCAAUAUGGCUCUGGUAGCGGAUUUUGACAUUGAAUGGAGGUGGUGGAGUCCGCGCGCGCGGUUCGCGCGACCAGGCGAGUUGCACAUGCCACUACAGGCCACUUUGAUGUAGCUUCGUUCGUGUGGCGUCGCCUUUGAGCCCACUUCAAUCGAAAAACAUUGAAUAACUGUACCCUAUCACAGAGCUUGUGCUUCUUAAUGAGUUUGCUUCUGCUCCUCUUUGCCUUGCGUAUUUUCCGCUAUUAAGACAACGAAUUUUGGGUAUGCUCAUUCGCAGCACAAACUGGGCAACUGGAACUACAUACUUCGAAGACACGACUGAAAGAAGAUAGACAGACGAGUAGAUGGGACCGCGAGCUACAACAAGAAGUAGUCAGAACAUGUCGGAUGAAGAACUUUGAAAAAAAUUGAAGUCCUCUCUCAGUAGAAAAACUCAGGAUGAUUUUCUACGAGAAUGCACAGGACGAGGAUGCCAGAAGAAUUGAACCUCGCCAUGAGUGUGAGUUGCAGCUGUUCUAUUCAAA